AAGUCAAAACAAACUUCACCAGGAACAGAAACACAAACUUAGAUCAAACUCAGCGGAGCAAAACAGCAUGCCUGCGAAGAAAGUGUGUGUCGUGGGUUCUGGAAACUGGGGAUCUGCAAUUGCCAAAAUCAUUGGAGAGAAUGUGAAAGCAUCCAAUCGCUUCCAGCCUCUGGUGAACAUGUGGGUGUAUGAGGAGAACAUCAGUGGGAGGAAACUGACCGAAAUCAUCAACACAGAGCACGAGAAUGUAAAAUAUUUACCAGGCCACAAACUUCCUAAAAAUGUGAUUGCUGUGGCAGAUGUAACAGAGGCUGUAACUGGAGCAGAUUUCCUCGUCUUUGUCAUCCCUCACCAAUUCAUUAGGAAACUCUGUGACCAGAUGAAGCCGCACAUUAAACCAGGAGCCAUCGGAAUCUCACUCAUUAAGGGUAUAGAUGAGAGCCCUACAGGCUUGACUCUGAUAUCUGACAUCAUUAGGGAGAAGCUGGAUAUUGAUAUCAGUGUUCUGAUGGGAGCCAACAUCGCCAGUGAGGUGGCUGACAACAACUUCUGUGAAACCACCAUUGGUGCCUGUAAUGAGCGUAACGGUCUGUUAUUUAAAGAGCUGAUGCAGACUCCAAACUUCCGCAUCACUGUGGUGUCAGACAGUAACACUGUAGAGCUUUGUGGAGCACUGAAGAAUAUCGUGGCCAUAGGAGCAGGCUUCUGUGAUGGCCUGGGUUUUGGUGAUAACACCAAGGCAGCUGUGAUCCGUCUGGGCCUGAUGGAGAUGGUGGCCUUUGCCAAGAUGUUCUGCCAGACCCCUGUCAGCUCUGCCACCUUCCUGGAGAGCUGCGGCAUUGCUGACCUCAUCACCACCUGCUACGGAGGACGCAACCGCCGCAUCGCGGAGGCCUUCGUCACCUCCAACAAGUCAAUAGCUGAGCUGGAGGCUGAGAUGCUGAAUGGUCAGAAACUUCAGGGGCCUCAAACAUCGGCUGAAGUUUACAAGAUCCUCGAGAAGAAGAGCAUGGUGAACAAAUUCCCCCUGUUUGUGUCUGUGUAUCAGGUCUGUUUUGAGGGGAAGGAUGUGAAAUGCUUCAUCAGCUGCCUCCAGAACCAUCCACAGCACAUGUGAUCCUAACAUACACCGUCCUCCAGAAACUCCUUACACACUUUACACUAGAGAAUCACACGUGACGUUCCUGAAUCACACGUGACAUCCUUGAAUCACAUGUGAAAUUCCAGAAUCAUACAUGCCAUUCUAGAAUCCUUUACAUGUGACUUCUCAGCCUCAUGACGUUUGAUAAUUUAGAACAUGUCACUAUAAAACACUGUCCUUUAUUUAUGCUGUAGAUCCGCUACAGGUGCAAACACUUCCUGUUUCGUGAUAAGAGCUUUUCUCAACACUGGGUCAUGUCAGUAUAUCUACACUUUCACAAGCGUGUCAUAGUAAAAGUGAACCAAGACCUUGUGUGCUGCACUGCAGUGCCGACGUUUACUCUGUAGUGCCGACAUUCCCUACUGCAGUGCUGAUGUUCCCACUGCAGUUCAGACAUUUCCCACUGCAGUGCUAUAGACACUAACAUCCUGUCCCUGUUAGUUUGUUUUAUGAAUAAUGUUUAUUUUGAUCUACAUACUAUAUGCCAUCUUUGUACUUCCAUUAAGGUCGUACUACGCCAGAUGUGGAACAGAACCUGAGGAUUCACACCUUAGAUGCACAAAUGGGGUUUAACCAU